AUGGAAAACGACACUGCUUCCUUUUACUUUAACCUCACCAUGUUUCUGAACAUUGGACAUUUCCGUUACCCAGCCUUCGUCUUUUGCCUCCUGCUGUAUGCCGUCAUCAUCUCCGCUAAUCUCGUCAUAAUACUUGUCAUAUUACGAGAGCGAGCGCUACAUGAGCCUAUGCAUGUAUUUAUCGCCUGUUUAUCUGUCAAUUCCAUCUAUGGUUCUGCAGGUUUCUUCCCCAGGUUUUUAAUAGACCUUCUAUCGGACACUCAUCUGAUCUCACGUCCUGCUUGUUUCACUCAGGUCUAUAUUAUUUACACCUACGCGUCCUAUGAGCUGACCAUUCUGGCAAUUAUGGCAUAUGAUAGAUACAUAGCCGUGUGUCAUCCUUUAUCCUAUCACAGAAAGAUGACGGUUAAAGCUGUUAUUACUUUGGUAACGUUGGCUUGGGUUUGUCCGGCCUUGAACCUCACAGUAACCAUUAACAUGACGGUCCGGCUUCCAUUAUGUGGUAACAAGAUUCGCAAGAUAUACUGUGCCAGCUGGAAUAUUGUAAAACUCUCAUGUAUAACUGCUGCUGUUAAUAAUAUUGCUGCGAUGUUGGGAGCUGUAGUCAUUGCAUUUGUCCCCUUCGCUUUCAUUUUCUACACUUAUCUGAGAAUCCUGGUUGCUUGUUGGAAAAACCCAUCCAGGAUCAGGGGGAAAGUAAUACAGAGCUGUCUUCCACAUGUUAUUACGUUUGUCAUUUAUUCUGUCACGUCGUUCAGUGAUACGGCACUGAGUCGACAGAAUCUGGAGGAGGUAAACCCUGUCGUUGCUGUUGUUUUAGCGCUGGAGUUUAUCGUUAUUCCUCCGCUUCUGAAUCCUCUUGUUUACGGCCUCAAGUUACCAGAGAUUAGGAGGCACAUCUUUAAGAUGCUGAGCAUAAAAUCCAACAGGAAAAAGAAUUCUAGUAAAACAUGUCCAGAGUUGAGAUCUUGA